AUGUCCGACUCUUCUUCCAACCCCUAUUCCAACCAGUUUUCCGAAGAAUGGACGACUCCUGAGCACCUCGACGAGGAUCCUAAGUACGUCAAAGACAAAGAGGAGGAUGCAUCUGAUAGUCCUAUGAGCCUGCCGUCGGUCAACAGACCCUCGACUCCGAUUGAUGCAACCUGGGUAGCUAUUCCGAUCAGCCACAUUGAGUUCAACGCCAUGCGUCUCGCAAAUGACCCAGGCUUCCUGGCCAAGCAGUGGGUGCUUGGCAUUGAACUGUCCAAUGACCAGCGUUGGUGGAGAGAUAUCUAUGCAUCUGUCUCGGUUCAUCAGGAAUUGGGACCUGUUGUACUUUGCAGGAACGAAAGCGAAGUCGAUAGCUUCCAAUUCGGAAGACAAGAAUCAUCCCUGUCGUUUACUUGGGAUUACCGUCGGGCCCCGCGUGCCCUUUGA